GGACAAUAAUAAUUAUUGCUGCGGUGGCUGCUAACAAUAGUUGAACAAACACCAGAGAGAGAGACGGCCAUGUCCUCCUCUAACCAAACUCCACUCCUCGCAUACGACAUCGUUGAUGGCUCUGUCGACUAUAAAAGCCGACCCGCUUAUAGAUCCAAUUCUGGUGGAUGGAGAUCCGCAUCUUUCAUCAUAGGUGUGGAAGUUGCAGAGAGAUUUGCGUAUUAUGGAAUUUCUUCCAACUUAAUUACGUAUUUGACCGGCCCGUUGGGUCAGUCAACGGCUACUGCGGCGGAGAACGUGAAUGUGUGGGCGGGCACGGCGUCGUUGCUGCCCUUGUUAGGUGCAUUUGUUGCUGAUUCUUUUCUUGGCAGAUACAGAACCAUCAUUUUCGCUUCGCUUAUUUACAUUUUGGGACUUGGCUUGUUGACUCUAUCAGCUCUACUUCCUUCCCACGCUGCUACUACUGGCUUCCGAAGCACUGAUUUGCCAAGUUCUCCGGUUCCAUUUCAACUGAUUUUGUUCUUCUUUGCUCUCUAUUUAGUAGCGAUUGGCCAAAGUGGGCACAAACCUUGCGUUCAGGCUUUUGGAGCGGAUCAGUUUGAUGGACAGGACCCUCAGGAAUCCAAAGCAAAAAGCUCUUUCUUCAAUUGGUGGUAUUGUUUCAUGUGUGCCGGAACAGUAGUAACAUUGCUGGUUUUAAACUACAUCCAAGACAAUCUUAACUGGGGUCUUGGAUUUGGAAUCCCUUUUGCUGUGAUGGUUAUUGCACUUAUCAUCUUCUUACUUGGCACUAAGACUUAUCGAUAUAGUAUAAAAGGGGAUGAGAAAAGUGCAUUUCUGAGGAUUGGUUGGGUUUUUGUGUCUUCAAUUAGGAAUUGGAGAACCACCCCUUCUGCAAUAGCAUUUGAGGAAGAAACCCGUGGAACCCUACCACACCAAAGUUCUGAGCAGUACAAGUUCCUUAACAAAGCCCUGCUUGCACCAAAUGGCUUAAAGGAAGAUGGGAAGGUAUGCAGCCUCGGUGAUGUUGAAGAAGCAAAGGCAUUACUUAGGCUUGUUCCAAUAUGGGCUACGUGCUUGGUAUUUGCUAUAGUGUUUGCACAGACCUCAACUUUCUUCACUAAGCAAGGAGUUACUAUGGAUAGAUCGAUUUCACCCAGUUUGGACUUGCCAGCGGCUUCACUUCAAUCUUUUAUCAGCCUCUCCAUUGUACUCUUCAUUCCAAUCUAUGAUCGUGUCCUUGUUCCUAUAGCAAGAGCUUUAACCAGAAAACCCUCUGGCAUUACAAUGCUUCAGAGAAUUGGAAGUGGUAUGUUUAUAUCUGUUGUGGCUAUGAUUGUUGCUGCUCUUGUUGAGAUGAAGAGGCUCAAAACUGCCCAAGAACAUGGACUAGUUGAUCUGCCAAAUGUGACGAUUCCAAUGAGUGUUUGGUGGUUAAUUCCUCAAUAUGUCUUGUUUGGAGUUGCUGAAGCAUUUACCAUGGUUGGCCUGCAAGAGUUUUUCUAUGAUCAGGUCCCCAGUGACUUGAGGAGUGUUGGUCUUUCACUCUACCUUAGUAUCUUUGGUGUUGGAAGCUUUCUAAGCAGCUUUCUUAUCUCUAUCAUUGAGAAAGCAACUGGUGGGAAUGGCCGAUAUAGCUGGUUUGCUAAUAAUCUGAAUCGGGCUCAUCUUGAUUAUUUCUAUUGGCUGCUAGCUGGGUUGAGUGCAGUUCAAUUGGUUGUUUAUGUAUGUUUUGCAAAAUCUUACAUUUAUAAUAGGGGAGGCACUGUAUAAACUAUAAAUAGAAUGUUCUCUCAGCAUGAUUGUAAUUGUUGAUCUUGAACCCAGAUCACUACCCGAAGCUACGGCGUAAUUAUUCUUUGUUUUACGUUUCAAAAUGUAAUAUAUUUUGGUACGUGAACGUGAAACUACGGCGUAAUUCUUGUUGUACAUUUACUUCAUGUGCCAAGGCCUGUUUGGUAUUUGAUUGGUGCAGUAAAUCAUGAUUGUCUGGCUAAA